GCCUGGUGCGAGUAGAGAAAGCGUCACUGAGGGAGAAAGGUUGCGGAAGAACCUCUAAGCGGCUCGUGUCUGUUCUGCCGCUAUGGAAUACCUGCUUCUGAUUACCGUUGUGUUCGUCACAUUAUGGAGUCGUGAGGGAUGUGUUCGCGCUCAGUUCAAGGACGACCCCAGCUGCAGUGACGACGUCAUCGAUGCCUGCGGCACCGACUUCAUCGUGUUCGCCAAGGGCCCCGAGAUACCAGACACGCCAGAGAAACUGGCCGAAAGCUGCAAGCAGGAGCUGAAAAGCGCUGACUGCACCAAGGACUACACAACGCAGUGCCUGCUGGGAUUCACGCGUGGCGCCGCCCUGGUGGCCGUCAAUGCAGCCGUGGAAGAGCUGGAAGGCAAGUGUGACACGACACACGCAGCGCACAAGCGCUAUUUCAAACACGUCAAGUGCAUGAACAGGGCUGGAGAGAAGAUCCACGGCUGUGUGAAGAGGUUCCAGGAGGACCUGUACGGCGCGGCUCACGGUGCGCCUCCAAAGCUCAAGAUUCCGUACGCUUGUUGUCAGUACCACGACUUCUACAAGUGCUGCGAGGAGGCGCUGGCUGAGCACUGCCGGGACCCGGACGCCAUCGAGCUGAUGCACGAGACGACCGACAACGUGUUCGGCAACAUGCUGAGCAUCAUCUGCGGACCCUACCAGAAGGACUCCACUCAGUGCCUGUCGCUCGAUGCGCUGCCGCGGUACAGCAACUUCACCGCGGCCAAGAACUUCAUCUCGCCCCUCAAGGCCAUCGUGAAGUCUCUCGGUUGAAUCGCGAAUGACCGCUGACGAAAG